CUAACAAAACUGCAAAAAUGCAUAAAUAUUUUUAGGACAGUCAUGCUUACCUUGUCUUUGCUUAAGUAAAAUCUUCUUCUGAAUCCUCAAAGUUAUUCUUUCUCAACUGCAUAGGUCCACAUAAGAAUGUGAUGCAUGUAUGGUCCUAGAAUGCUAAGCUGGUGACAUAUGUAGCUGCACAAUGCUAAGUGGGCUGCAUAUGCAGCCACAUAGUGCCAAUAGACCACCUUUUCAACCUCAUAUGUGGUAUGAUCACUUACAGUGACUGCAUACAGGCAAUAUGCUAGGGUCCACAUCCUCAUAUGUAGCUGCAUAUGCAGCCUCAUGCUUCACAUUUUAAAACACCUUAUAUCUGCUUUCACACAUUUUCCUUACAAAUAUUGCCAAUUCAUUCUUUUAUAUUUAUCUUGAUAAAGCUUAUUUGCUGAUGCAUAAGCAAUAGUUAUCUAAUGAAAAACUAAUGUGAACCCUAGGAUUUGGAUUUAUGGACUUGAGAACAAGGAAACUGGGUGGACUGGAGCUUCCAUGGUUAGGAUGAAGGAUGACGUAGUUUAGUUUGCCAUGUUAGGUUGAAUCUGGUGGUCUCCAAUCAACAAUUUAGUUGCCAAUUGAAUUGUUUGGAAGAAUAUGGAAGAGGAAAAGUGCAACAUGAAGAGUAGUCCUAUGAUAGCCUGAUGAACAUGCGGAUAUCCUUGACAUGUGACUGUGCAGAGCUAUUAAAGCAUUUUGUUGUAUAACUUAUAAGAAAGAAUGGCAUAUGAAUAUUGGUGAACAAAGAUAUGAUGGAAAAUAAUGAUGUGGAAACAAUUUUGGGAGCAUAUGACUGGACUAAUAUUCUUUCUUAUGAAUAUUGGUGAACAAAGAUAUGAUGGAUUUCCUGUAGCAUAUUUGUAAAUAAUGAUGUUCAAGAGGAAAAAAUCACUUUUGGGAGGCAAUGAAUGGACUAACAGGGAUAUCUUUUGUAGCAUAUUUCGAAGUAGUGACAUUAGUGUUAAUGCAGGGAGUAAUAUAUGAUAUAAGAUGUCAAAUGGUGAAUGUUGGGAUGUGUUUCCAUGAUAGAAGGAAAUUGCAGUGUUUAAUGUUCAACAGUACUUAAUUUCAACUUGCAAGCUUAUGGAGUAGUGGUUUCGUAGACCUGGGUUGGAAGGUGUGUUCACAAGGCUACCCUGGUGCAUAUUGAAUUUUUUUAAUCAUUUUCAGGAUUUCUUCACUCAACUACUUUUAAGGUACUACCUCAGCUGGCCGUGAAUCUGAAGCGCUGAUUGAUUUGGAGACAGCAUGGUAUGCAAAGAGAUGCCAUGGUGGAAACAAAAGAAGGGAGACCUGCUCAAGAAGGAGAACCUGCUCAAGUAUAAGCUGAUCUCAUGGGGAAUGCAUAGAAAUAAAAGGAACCACAUGAGCUUGACCACUAAUUCUUAUGAGCAUGUCAUGAAGGCUGCAUGAUUGAAUGUUCCAGAUCCUCAUUUGUUUCUUCAACCAACAUGACACUUGAAGAUUUUUUUUACUCUUACUGAGAUGAAGGAUGGGCUUUCAAACGUUGCUAGGGUUGAAGAGCUAAUUUCUAUGCUUCAAAAGUUAAAAGAUCAUAUUACAAGUAAUGCUGGCGAUGCAGCAAGACAAUGGUCAACUGUUGCAGGCACCUUAAUGGCCACAGGAAACAAGGAAUGUCUUGAUCACUUUGUUCAGCUAAAUGGGCUUUGUUUUCUAAAUAAGUGGCUUCAGGAAACUCAAAGGUGCAGUAAUGAUGCCAGUGACAGUGCUAUUGAAGAAUUGAUAAUGAAACUGUUAGCAUUGCUUGAUAAGCUUCCAAUUAACAGUGAAAAAUCAAAUGAUUCUGGAGUUAGGAUUACCGUCGAACAGCUUCUUGGUCACAAUAACCUUAAAAUCAAGGAAAGGGCAAAAAUACUGUAUGAUAAGUGGAAAAAUGCAGAAACUACUGAGGGAAGUUGCAGUAACCAUGAGAAAGGUGAAAAAUGUCAAAUUGAACAACCCAAACCUUCAGAUAAUGCAGAGACUUUUGAACAGGGGAUAUCCUCCAUAUGUCUUGCCCUUGAUAUUUCUGCAUGCAAAAAUGGAGCUGAUGAAGGGAGCUGUAAAGUAGAGUCAGUGGGGAAUGAAUCCCAUCACUCAAAUGUUACCAGAUGUUCAGGCAUUUUACAGAAACCUGAUUUCAUUAGCAGUGAGAAAACUUGUAUUCCAAAUCAAACUCUGCCUGCAACCUCUUCAGCUUCUGCUGAUGCGAAUGCAGCCUUGGGAGAUGUGAAUUCAUCAGGUUCAUCACUUAUUUCGAACUCUUGUCAGGAAAACUUAUCUGCUACGGAAGAAUCUUCUGUUUGCCCUGCAGCAGGAUUGGCCUCCUCUGGCACAUGCAGUUCACUAUUUGUUAAGGAAGGAGAUGAUCAGCGCAAUGUAUCUGUGUACAGGGAUGCUUCUGCUUCUGAAGGUGUUAAAGAGAUGGAGGUGACUAUAAUAGAAAGUAACCUAGCUGAAUCUACUCAGAAAGAGAUAUGCAAUGUUCCACCAUCUUCCGGUUUAUCUGCUUCUGCAUCUCAAGUGAUUGAUGCAACAGCACCCACUCUAUCGUGCAAUUUAGAUUCUAAUGAGAAUGAAGCUCAUCCAUCAGAGAUUUUGGAGCCUGCACCAAACACUGUAGGUGCUGACUGCAGGAUGCCAAAGUGUUUGGGCGACCCGGUUGCACAUGUCACAAAAGUUUUUCAAGAUCUAUCUGGUAAAUCAUGCAUAAUUGGAAAGCUAGAUGAUUCUAAGAAUUCUCAACAGAGGGAGGAAGAUGUUGAAAGUGACAGUGGCAUUAAAGAUCUUGGCAGUGAGGUUGAUUUGAAGGCAAGCAAAGGUAUGAUGAUUCCCUGUGAUUCUUCAGAAGUAAAGGAGACCAAAUCAACCCAUAUGACCAACCAAAAGUCAGAUUUGGGUCUUGAAUAUGAGGAGAUUGAUGCAUUGGAAGUUGCAAGGCGAGUUGCUAUAGAAGUGGAAAGGGAGGUUGCUGACUAUAGAGAACCUUUUAGCAGCUCUCCUGAGGUCAAUUCUGGAGAGACGAUGGGUGCCCAUAGUCCUGAUAUUGAAGAAGGAAGGCAGGAUGAAUCAGUGAUUGGCAAACUAAAUGGAAAUAAAUCACCACCUCAUGAAAAAGAUCAUUCUGGUAAUGCUUCUUCUCCUAAGGAAGAUGGUUCAGGAAUUACAGAGAAUACUAGCACUGAACCUGAGAAGCCUGAGCAAGAUUUGCAAUCAAGUAAGUUGAGUUUCUCUGUCCAAGAACCAGAUGGUAAGCCUGAUGGGGAUAGAUGCAUCUUUGAUCUGAAUGCAAAUAUUUCUGCCGAGGAAUCUGAUUGCUUAACGAAGCCGAUCCCUGGGGUGCCAGUCAAUGUGUCUGCACCUGUAGCUGUUGUUGCUGCUCCUAAAGGAGCUCCAGGAUUGCCAGUUACCCCUCUCCAAUUUGGAGGUGAGCUGGGCUGGAAGGGUUCUGCUGCCACUAGUGCUUUUCGACCAGCAUCCCCUCGGAGAACUCCAGAUGGUGAAAAGACACAUUCAAGCCCUAAACAGAAACCAAACUUCCUUGGGAUUGAUCUUAAUGUGGCUGAAAGUGAGGAUGAUGUAGUUAUUGGUGUGAAAAAGUUACCUGCUUCCUCUGGCUUGCCUUCUGGGGAUUCUUCUAUAGAAGUCAGUUCAAGAAGAGCAGAGAGGCCGAUCUUGGAUCUUAACCGCCUUGGGGACGAGGAUGCAUCGACCAAUUUAUCCUCUUAUUGGAAGAUCCCUCCCCAGACGGGAGAUCAGAGCUUGUCUUCUGCAUCCUCAUCAUCUUCAAGACAGCCCUCCAUGAGAGACUUUGACUUGAAUGAUAACCCAUCUUUCCGUGAUGGUGGUGGUUUGCCUAACUUCGAUAAACCAUCUUCUGAGGCUCCUGGCACAUAUGGAGGAUCAAAACCAGAUGAACAUGUUGUUACGAUCAUGGGUACAAAAGUGGCUGUUGAAAAGAUGGAUCAUGCCAACCAAGUUCAGCAUGCCUUUCUAGGGGCUGGACUGAAUAUAGAGUCUGGAGUGGCUACUAGACCGGUGCUGCCUUAUGGUCACAUGCCUCCUCCUGCUUAUGGGUAUAAUGGACUUGGGACAGGACCUACCAUGCCUUUUCCAGCAGCAUACUAUGCACAUGAGGGCAUUCCUUACAUGGUGGAUUCUAGGGGAGUUCCUCCAGCACACGUUCUGGGCUUAGCAGGACUGAAUGGUGCACCAUCAGCAAGGCUGCCUUUUGUCGCAAGUGUAACUAAUGCUUCUGUUAGUUCAAAUGCGUAUGGGGCUUUCCGACCUAGUUUGGAUUUGAAUUCUGGGAUGGCGUCAAUGGAGGGUGGGAGCAGGGUAGUUGGGAGCUUCAAGCAGUUCUUUUGGCAAGGGCAAAAUGGUUUGGUGGAAGAACAAACAAGGACCAUGACACAGCCUUCUAGUUCAGGGACAACAUUGAAACGGAAGGAGCCAGACUCUGGGUGGGAGCCAUCUCAUGCAUAUGGUUAGAGACAGGUGACAUCAUGGCAAUAGCUGUUUUCUUUUCCUCUUAAAUUUCAUCUUCUGAGGCAGCUUGGUCAUAGGUGUCGUCUUCACUGUUCCUUGAAGGUGGCGGGCCAAUUCAACCAUAUGACAAUGAUAGAUAAAAAGGAAUAAUUCUGGUUAUAGAUAUUUGAUGGAAAUUGAUUUCUGAAAAAAAAUGUAGGUUUAAUUAUUUAAAUGCCUGUUCUUUGUUGUUGAUUGAUUAUAGAGGCAAUUUCAGCUGCUGGAAGCUGGAUUCAUGUAUAUCUCAUAAAUAUUUUAACAUAGCGAAGGGAGUAGAUGUCCUUUUUGGAA